UCGAAAUUCAGCGAGUUGUUGCGUUUUUAGGUUAUAUUUGGUUGAAUAGCAAAUUAAAGUUGUUUUUCCUAUGUAAUUACUCAAAUUAACAAUGGCAUUUACGGUGGAAAGGGUGGUUUUUGCUUUUGCAUUGUGUUUAUAUAUGUGCCCAUGUGAAAGCGCCAAAAUAAACACACCUCGAGUUCUCUUGCCGUGGUUUGAUAAUUUGAAUGUUAAUUUUACUUUUGAGAUCAUCGAGGGGGGUUGUUAUACCUGGAGUUUGUCUCGCGAUGACAUCAUAGAUCUUGAACCUUUGUACGAAGAUGGAUGUUCGCGGGCUGCGCGUGUUACCGUGUCCAAGAGAUGCGUUGCGCCGGGCACGGUCAUUAUCCUGGCCGAGGAAAUCCACACUGGCGAGCUACUUCGUGGUGAUGUGGAUGUUGAUAAAAUCCAUUCUUUAAAAGUUAUGAGUACAACUAUGAAAUUGUAUUUGGAAGAGGCUCCUGAGGCAUUUGAAGUCAUAGCUUAUGAUGACAAAGGUAACAGAUUCUCUAGUUUGGAUGGAGUCAGUUUCACUUGGACUAUAGAGAAUGUAGGCAGCACAGCUGGAGAAGACAAUAUUGUGACUCUAGUCCGCUGGCGGGACACAGAUUACGAAGCGCCGCGCGGCAUCACAGAACUAGAGGCAGUCGGGCUCCGCGCCUACAUCGUCCUGCUCUAUGGCCAGGCAAUGGGAGACGCGCGCGGGACCGUCUGCUUGGACGACAUUUGUACCGACUUCCAUUUGCAAGUGGUGGCUAGUGUUGUGCUCACUCCUGCUACUGCUUACAUCGCGCCUGGGGAUACGAUACGAUACAAGGUCGUAAGAAUGCGUGCCGGCCGUCUAACAGUUCAAGACGUCGGCGACACUCUAUACAACAUGAUUGUUCCCGAUACAGGACUGGCAUAUUUAGAGGACAAAAUCAGCCUGGUCCGAGGAACCGAGGUCGGAAGCACCACUGUCACCUUGAUGUCUGGGUCGACAGAAGUGACCACUGCAACAUUAACGAUCGCUGAACCUCACAGCAUAAGAGUGUCUUUACGACCGUCAAAACUUCUUAUAAGAGGAGAGGAUUUUGUCAUCCACUGCGUUGUAUUAGACAGAGACGGCCAUACUUUGUUCGCGGGACAAGAAACAUUGAUUCGAUUGUCAGUGAACGGUGAAGCCAAUGUGGAAUUGCUCAGAUCCACGGAGAAUGGAACGAUUACCGACGCGGUCGCGCUUGAUGCCGGCCAGUUUAUAGUAACCGCUAAGCUACAUUCGAUUGCAGGGAAAUUAUUGCAUAAGAAGGUUGAAGGAACUGUGACUGGAGUUGCAGUGGAUCCAUUGCAGAUAGUUCCACCGGAACUCUUUGUGGCUUGGACUGACACUAUUCAAGAGGUACCGCUAAAACACAUCGGAGGCGGUAACGAGUCGGUCAUUUGGUCGGUGAGCGAGAAGGCGACAACUAAUGCCAUCUCGCUCACACCCGCUGGCGUUGUGAGCGUUCGCGGCGAAGGCGAGCUCGAAGUUAAAGUGCAGUUGAAGAACUACCCGCAUGUUCGUGCUUUUGGAAAAGUUUGGUCAAUCCCGCCCGAGUUGGUCCAAGUGUCCAGUUCUGGACAUGCUCGCGUGGGGCGUCCACACCAGCUACACAUAGCGCUGACGGCCACGCACCCUGUAACUGGGGAAUACUAUAACUACCACAGAGCUUGGUCCAUCCCGCCCGAGUUGGUCCAAGUGUCCAGUUCUGGGCACGCGCGCGUAGGGCGUCCUCACCAGCUACACAUAGCGCUGACGGCCACGCACCCUGUUACUGGGGAAUACUAUAACUACCACAGGUGCAACUGUGGGUCUUUCGCGGUGUCUCUUCUAGAAGGCCCCGAGCCACAUAAUGUGACAUCCGCACAAUGGGUUGAGCCGGCAGAUGGUGCUUGCUGCGUGUUAGAGUGCGUAUACACAACGCGUGGUGUAUCCACGAUUCGCGUGUCCCGAGGCCGAGCGGGUGACACCACGCGGGUGGCCGUUCGCGCUGCGCCUGCGCUGCUAUGGCCACAUGCUGCCGCCGCGUUAGUUGGUGCUACUCUGCCUGUGCUAGCAGAAGGCGAAGCCCUCGUCCCUCAGUCUAGCGAACCCCGCAUAGUAGAGCUAUCGAGCCGCGAUGGACCGACGCCCCACCGCUACCCGGAUAUACAGCUGUUCACUCUGAAGUGCCGUAGGAAAGGCGACUCUCGCUUGGAGCUGGUUUCCCUCGCGGAUGACGAGCGGGAAUCAGCAGACUUUGAAGCUGCGUGCGCGCCUUUCGUAUCGCGCGUGCGACUCGAACCUUCCGAUACGCCUGGGAACUGUACUGGGGGACCUAGAGUAUGGCUGCGACCGGGACACGAAGUGACAGUACGAGUGGUACUGCUUGACGCAAUCGGCAGGGAGUUGCUAGACGAACGCGGGCCCAAAGCGACGUGGGAUCUUGAACCUCACCACCCGGGCAUAGAGUACAAAUCCACAGACAGGUUGCUGGUCGAAACUCACCCUGAUUAUGCGCCCGUGCCAGUGCCGUACAAGUAUUAUCAGUCGGUAGUCGCCGACGAGCAAGCCGUCGGCUGGACAGGCGCUCUCAAAAUAAGCAUCCCAGAAGCGACCGCCAGCAUCCAGGCACGAGUGGUGGGACCGCUCAAGUGUGACCCGUUGAAGGUAAAUACAUUGUGGUUCCUUUUGAAAGAUCCAUUACUUUAUUAA